AUUCCUCUCGGUUAACUUUUGAAGGCUCAGUACCAUGGCGACUGGCUCGCUUAUCCAUACUUUCACAUCUAAGGGUCGUCCGUUCCGUCUUGAAAAUCUAUGUCGACCUGUCGAAGCUCGUCUUAAAAGGGAACAUGGUCUGGUCCAACAUCUUCUUUUGGGAUCGUGAAGCUGUUCUUCACGUUUCAAGAUACAUUUUCUCCAUGGUAGGCGAGCUUUUCGACCGGAUAGAAAAGGUUGACCUUCAGAGGAUGAAGCUCAGUUCUACAUUGCUGAGCAGUGAAUCCUCGUCAUGGUCAGUGUUCAACGGUUUCUCGAAACUGCAGCCGGAGAAUCUGUUGCUUAUUUCAUAUGGUCACAUCAAGAUUGGUGAUUUUGGUAGUGUAAAGCCCAUGCAAGACAGCCGAGCAACCGUGCUCCCAAAUGCAGCCUAUGAUGAUAAGGCAUGCACUUUGGUCGGGACUGCUUCGUAUGUUACUCCUGAAGUUCUGAGUUCAUCUCCAGCAACAUUUGGUGUGUACCAAAUGCUUUCAGGAACAGCUCCUUUCAAGGAUGCAAGUGAAUGGCUGAUUUUUCAAAUAAUUAUUGGCAAAGAUAUAAAGUUCCCUCGUUAUUUUACAGAUGCGGCGAGAGAUCUCAUUGACCUUUUACUGGAUACGGCAGAAGACUAGGUACCGGGCCAGAAGGUUAUGCUGCUCUCAAGAGUCAUCCUUUCUUUAAGGGCAUUGACUGGAAGAAUAUACGGUCGCAGACCCCUCCAAAACUAGUUCUAGAUCCUGUGUAUCAAUCAGCAUCUCCAGAGAGGGAUGAUGGCCAUGGUUCUCCAUGGAACCCAAACCACAUUGGAAAUGUUUCAGCCAUGCAGAAUGAUGGGAAUGGUGGUGGCCGCUCUGAAUCAUCAGGAGAAUCAGGGAUAAUGAUAUCAGCAGUAAGAAGGUUCAGCUGAUACUUACAGACAAACCCAAGAUAAUCUACGUCAACCUGUCAAAGCGCGUCGUCAAAGGGAACGAAAUCUUUUCUUGAGCCCUUCCAAUUUCAAGAUCUGCACGCCAAAGAAGAUGUUAUCAUUCGUAGCCAUGCAACAGAGAGCAGCUCAAUGGAAGAAAGCCAUCAAGACUCUUCAGAAUCGCUAAGACACUGCAUGAUUUGGCGGUUUCCAUGUCUAUUUGUUUGUUUCUUCUUCUCUCCACUUUUUUUCUACUGACAAAAACAGUUCUUGUGUUGUGUUGAUGAGAAAUACGAUUGUCAGGACAAAGAUGGAGGACACAGGAUCUGUAUACGCCCCGCAGAUCAUGGACAAUAAAACAGCUCAUGUUAAGUUGGUGAGGAUCCUUAUUGAUCAACUUGAGCAUCCUGGGAUCGUUAUGUUGUUCUUCACGUUUCAAGAUACAUUUUCUCUGGGUAGGUACUUCGUUUCCCCUUUUUUUUAAGUUCUUGUUCUCUGCUCCGCAAGUGACUUUGGUUUAUUCUCACAUCGAUUUCUGUAAGUGAUGCGUACUCGUCGUCCUCAACCAGCAUCCCGGGAAGUUCAUUCCUCUUCUGUGGGAGCAUAGUUUCUUCUUUAUUCUCCUUCGUUGGAUUUAGAUUUACCUUCUUUAAACCAGGAUGAUCUUGAGAAUCAGAUUUCAGGGGUUAGGAUUCCGAAGUAGACCUGACGUAUCGAAGAAUCGGGUCGUUGUUGAUGAAGAAGAGAGGAGGUAUGAGUUCACUUACUGUUUAAUUUUGAAAAUUUGCUUGAAGUCUUAUGUUAUAUUUUGUUCUAUAAUGAAUGACCCUUUGUCCAAUAUUCAAAUAUUUUUCAAACCAAAAAACAAAAUAUUGGCAUAUUUUAGAUUAUAUGUUUCAGAUUCGUUUUGGCAUUUGUCCAUUUUUUAAGUUCUGAUGGAUUUAUAGACCUAUAAUUACUUCAUGAUAGCUUCAGUAUAGGUUUGGUUUGGGUCAAGCUCCACUUGUCAUUGAGUGCAGACUUAAACCAUUUUUCUUAUUCCUAAAUUGUCAUCCGUCCCUUCAUUUUUA